AUGGCGUCAAACUGUUUUCCGCUUCUCUACAGCGGCCCCAACAAGGCGGUCAUCACCAAAUGGCGCGUCAGCGAAGAUUUCAUGAUCAACCAGGAUCCGUUCAUUCUAUUUCUCUACCGAACAUGUGACGGCUCCGGUGUGGGUCAAGGAGAUGAAAAGAAGUACAAAGUGAACCAAAAUGGCGUCACUGUCCGACGGCUUUACAAGCGCACUGGUGAUCUCAUUCAACCUGGCGAUGUGCUGCUUGAAUACGAGCCCUGUUCUCAUUCCACCCUCAUGAAGGAUUUGUGCGCAAUUUGUGGUGUCAACAUCAACAACUUUGAUUCAAGUGAGAAAAAGAAAAUUGCCGCAAACACUAGCGUCUCAAUGGUUCACUCUAUUCCAGAGCUGAGAGUGAGCAAAGAGGUGGCUGAAGAUCUCGGCAGGGCAGAUGAAGACCGUCUGCUGAAGUGCCGAAAACUCGUUCUCCUCGUUGAUCUCGACCAGACGAUUAUUCAUUCCACCAAUCAAGUGGUGCCAAACGAUGUGCCCGAAAUUCACCACUACCAACUGGAUGGAGCAAACUCUGCGUGGUAUCACACAAAGUUUCGCCCAUAUAUGAAAGAGUUUCUUGAAGAGAUUUCUAAAUAUUACGAGCUACACAUUUGCACUUUUGGCGCCAGGCGAUAUGCUCAUCAAAUAUCCAAAUUGAUUGACCCCAACGGAAAGUACUUUCCUUCAGAUCGAAUUCUUUCUAGAGACGAGUUUUUCGAUCCCCGCUCAAAGACCGGCAACAUGAAGUCAUUAUUUCCCUGCGGUGACUCGAUGGUCUGUAUCAUUGACGAUCGUGUUGACGUAUGGAAUUACGCGCCAAAUGUGGUUCACGUGAAGCCGUACUUGUGCUUUAAAACUGACGAUAUCAAUGCUCCUGAAAAACUAAAUAUUGGCUUUAAAAGCUUUAGCACUCCAGAGCAAGAAAGCGAAAAACCUAAAGAUAAAUCAGAGGAAAAUUCUUCUACCAAAGAGGAAGCGGAAACUACUGAAAAGAAUGAUAAAAAUGAUACGACUGAAAAAGCCGACAAAAAUGAAACGGCUGAAAAGACUGACAUCAAAGAAAAGGAUAAACAAUCUGUCGCAGAGGAAACGCCUUCGACUAUUGACGAUAAAGAGGAAGGUGAAUUGACUGAUAAAAAUGAUAAAGAAAUUAAAACUGAAGAUGAAAAAAAGAUUGACGACGCAGAGACAUCUACUGAAGCUUCAACUGAUGAAACCAGCAAAAAGGAAAGCAAAUCAAUCGGGUACGAGAACCUGCUCGAUGACAACGAUGAUUAUUUGCUCUACCUGAAAGACAUUCUAGUUCGCAUUCACAAUGAAUUCUACAGUCAAUACGAGGCCAAAAAGCGUUACCAGACGCAAGGCGAAGAAAUACUGUUACCAGACUUGAAGGACGUGAUUCCGCGGGUGCGAAAGUUGGUGCUACACGGAGUCAAUAUCGUCUUCAGCGGCGUCAUUCCCACGAACACCCAAGUUGAGGCGAACCGAUUCUACCGACUGUCACAGUCACUAGGCGCCAUAGUCACCAACGAUGUGAUCGUCACUGGUUCACCCAAAACGACACAUCUUGUGGCUUCAAAGUGGGGCACUUUAAAGGUGAACAAAUGCCUGCAGUUUCCCCAUAUCAAAAUUGUCACUCCUGACUGGCUGAUUGCCUGCGCUGAAAGAUGGGAAAAAGUGGAAGAGCAGCUGUUUUCACUGAACAAAGACACUGUCUACAAUUUUAAUGAGCGCGAAGAUUGCCGAAAGGUCUUUAUUCCAAACUAUGAGCCACAUUCUCGACCAAAAAUAUCUCCUCCCCAUGUCAGCCCUAAUGAGCCCUCCACCUCAUUUGCUGCCGGUGAUGAUGAACCUAUCGAUCCGGAAACGAUGCUCGACUUUUCACCACUCUCGAGCUUUAGCAAAACUGACCUUUCUGAAAUGGGCAAAGAAGUGGACGACGCAUGCAGUGAUGGCGAUGAGCUCGAUUUGAGUGAAUCUAGUGACGACAGUGAACUAGAUGAAGAGUCCAGUCCUGGCGAGCCAAAGAGAGUUCUAAAAUCAACGAAAAAGCCGGAAGCGGACGAAGAUGAUGAUAUGAUGAACUACGAGAACGAAGGUGAAUUUCCACAAGGCUGGAAAAACUUGGCCGAAAGCCGUAGGGGAGUUAAACGAUCAAAGGACGAUUCUGACGAGGACGAUGAGGAGGAGGACAAUGUGACCACCAGUUCUGAUGGUGAAGACUCCGAUGAUGAUGGUUCGUUAGAUGAAGAGGCCGCUGCUUUAGAGCGACAAUUCCAGUCCGCCGACUAA